AAAAAAAAAAAUGUGAACUACACUACAUUAGCUGUGUAGUAAAAUCACGAUUUUAUUCUUUCUAUAAAAUUUAUUCGUUUAUUUCCAUAUUUUGCCCUCUCAGAAAACAUGGGUAACUGGAAGCUAGAAGUUGGUAGAAUGGCGAUGUACAUGUCGUUCCCGGUAAUACUUUUCCAUUACUUCAAUCAACCAGCUUAUUUUGAGGAAUGGGUUACUAACACUAAGCGAGACAUCUUCCCCCCGGAAAACCAGCAGGACAGAGAAGCUAUCCAGAAGCUCAUCAAAGACAUGAGAAUGAAACAGAUAACAGCACUUGAAAGAGACAAAGAGAAUAAUUGAUUAUCUAAAUAGGGGUAUCACCAAUAGAUAAGUGUAGUGUGGUGCAUAGAAUUAGACCAUGAUUGUGUAAAUAAAUCAUAUAUUUAACUUA